GAGUGUGCAUGCACGCCUUCACUUACUCUCAUAACAUAUUUAUAUAAUAUAUACCUGAAGCAGCUCUAUGAACGCACGUGCAUUUAUGAUGUUUCACAACUGCAAACGAGCUGCUUUGUGUCGUAAACAUAUGUAAUAUGCGUGAGUGGAAUCAGGAUCGCGCAGCCUAUGGGGAUUCCCUGUGUUGCUGUGAAUUAGAGGUAUUAUAGUGACAGCUAGGGGGAUGUGCAGAAAUGUGUGGAUAGGCGCGCGCGAGCACACACACACACAUCAGCACAAAGCUGCUGUUUCAUCAUAAGGGCGCUGUGCGUUUCAGCACCAGACCUGUCGAGCAGGGCAGAGGAGAGCGGCUCUCGUGGUAUGACUACUACAAACAAGGGAAACAAAGCACUGAAGGUGAAGCGAGAGCCAGGUGAGAAUGGCACGAGUCUCACAGAUGAUGAGCUGGUGUCCAUGUCUGUGCGAGAGCUGAACCAGCACUUGCGCGGUCUGACCAAAGAGGAAAUCUUGCAGUUGAAACAGCGGCGGCGCACACUCAAAAACCGUGGCUAUGCCGCCAGCUGCCGCGUCAAACGUGUCACGCAGAAGGAGGAGCUGGAGAAACAGAAGGCAGAGCUUCAGCAAGAGGUGGAGAAGCUCGCCUCAGAGAACGCCAGCAUGAAAGUGGAGCUUGACGUGCUGCGCUCCAAAUAUGAGGCUCUCCAGAGUUUUGCCAGAACUGUGGCCCGCAGCCCUGUGGCCGGUGCCAGGGGCCCCAUCACAUCUGUUAUAGGGCCCCUCAUACCAGGCAAAGUGGCCACUACCAGCGUCAUCACCAUUGUCAAGACCAAAACAGAAGCACGGUCUUAAUGCACAAAUGGGGAGCAUUUUGUAAGUAUAUUGGUUGGCGUAUCCAUCAAGCACAGGUUUAUUCAUGCUAUCAAAAGAGGUGAUACAUAAUCCCAUAUUACUUGGUCCAUAGAAGACAAAAAGAGAAGCUUUUGUGCUGGGGUUUUUUUCCCAUACAGAGAAAGCAUACAUUGACCAGAGAAGGUCAAGCAGAAAAUCACACUUCAACAUGUAAACAACCUGUGAUUGAAGACACACAAGAACUGAUGCCAUUUGUCACUGACAUCAAACUUGAUAAGGUACGUCUUGGCACACCAAAUUCAAAUAUGUGCAGUGGUCCUAUGUCCUACCCGAACACGACAAUCAUAAAUUCAUUUUAAAUUAAGAAAAAACCCACCCCGAGCCAGUCCCAAUAAAAUUAGACCCAAGGCUGACCCGAUGGCUUUUUUUUCAAACCCGAAUGUUACAGAGGCAGAACACCAGUGGCCAAUGGUGACUUUUCAGCCUGGUAUGACACAGACCAAAAUCAAAGAUGACAAAGAAGAAACACGUGUAGCUUUUAUAGUGUGCCCAUCUUCUUAUUUGUAGAUGAAGUUCAUUCUCCGAUCCGUCUUUGUAAUGUUUAUGUUAGUUACAUUAAGACAUGUUCACAGAUAAUGUGGCCUAUACUUCAAAAAUGUGCAGUGGAUUUCACACAUUGUUACAGCGUUAGGAUGGUUUGGUAAUUUACACACAGAAGCACGGACUGACAGAGAACAUAGAAGAAGGGGAUGGUAACAUUCUCGUAGAAUUAUUUAAUAUGUAUUUCUUUUACAUAAUAAAAUAUUAAGUACACAAAACAAAUAAUAGAAAUUUGGCAUAUUUUAAUUCUUCUCAGGUCUAUUCAUCAAAAGCACAUUUAUUUAAAAUUACCAGACCCCGAGGCAACUAAAAUCGAACCCGACCCAUGUCCAAGGUACUCGUCAAAGUUUUGGACCCAAACCCGCUCAAGUCUCAGGUCGGACCUCGGGUUUUUGAAUCAAAGUGAAACAAUGAAGACCUCUAAUGUGCUUGCAUAAAUGCGAGAGUUGCAGCAGAGGGUGAGAUUGUCAAUGAAUAACGAUUUGAAUUUGGGUGUGUUCCUUAAAGAAAAUUAUUAUAUGUCUUGAGAAGACUUGGAAUGUAAUGCAGAAGUCAUAUCCUUUUUAUGGUACUUUUUUAUGUGAGACUAUAUGCUUUCAUUGUAUGGAAAAUAGUCUGGACUUUCUGCUAAAUCUCUUAUUUUUGUGUUCCCAUGGAAGAAAAUUAGUCAUGCAGGUUUGACUAACCUGUAUGACUAACUUUGAAUGAUGUCAAGUUUUUGGGUUAACUUUAGCUCCAACUUGAGUCACCUGUGCUUGAUAUUGUCCACUGACUAAUAUACUGAGGGGAAAAACUAAAUAUAUUCACUGUUAUAUCAGAAAUGGUAUAAGAAAUAAGGAUCUUGUAAUUCACAAAGCAAGCAAAACUUAUUUUCUGUUAUCAAAUUUCUUUCCUGUUGAGUUCAAUUCCAUUUAGUGGAAUGAUGUUUACAAGUUAUAUUCUGAGGAAUAUGACCAGGAGAGGCAAUAAACUACUGUAUUUAUGCAUGUGAGAGCAGAGGCCCUGUUAAACUGUCUGGCAGGUGAUGUUCAUCUUUUGCAGACAUGAAUUAUGAGAGAAACAUCGCAAAGAGGAGGCAUUUAUUUGCAUUUAGAAAAUAUUUGAAGUUGGUAAACCGUGUUGGUAAAAGUGUUGAUCAUAGCUUUGUUCAGAGUCGUAGAGCUGUAGUUUUGUUGUUUUGUGCUUUGUAUGGAUGGGCUGGUCGCAUUUAAUUUCCAGAAGCAACCCAACACGGGCUUUAUUGUUGAAUCGUUAGCUAAUGGUCUCUGAUGUCUUACUCCAACUAAAAACUUUGUUGUUUUUCUUGCUGGAAAAAGAAAACAGAAAAAAACUGUUAUUUAUAUGAACAAAAAAUAGUUUGAUAUAAAUUUUGCAAUUGUACCAAAAGUGGCUUAUUAUUGAAGUCUGAUUGCUUUUCUAGUAAAUAGACACGUGCAAUGGGGUAGCGCGUGGCGUGCUGUGUAUGUGGUCAGGUGACAGUGUUGUUCACUGUGUAAGUGUCCUGCUGUAUUCUUUAAAUGAAUAUUAUGACGUAAUAUAGACCGUGUAUAGAAGCCAGUCAUUCAUAUUGACUCCUUCCAUAUCUCUGUAAUGAAGAUGUGUUGCGCUCAGAACAUCUGGGUUUUGUUGAAUGAUAAAACUUCCAGCUUUACUGCAGCUGACUAUAACAAACCCAGUGUGGCGCUUCAUAACGGUGCAUAGUCAGUUCGUGGUUCUCUUCCAGCACAGGCAGUUUGGCAAAACACAAUUUAUCUGUGUUUUGGGACAACAUUUGAAGAAGAAUAGCAAGAACUAAAUUUAAAUAAUCUGCAAAGUGAUAAGGUUGUACAUCUGUUCCAAAACCUAGUGAACUGACCAGCAUUUUAACACCGUGUCUACACUUGACGCGACAGUUGGUGUUUCGCGCCACACUGCAACAGCUUGAUUCUGUAUACACUGGAUGCGACAAAGCAACUGUUGCAAAUCCAUUUGUUCUUCAUGUCAGAACUUAAGUAGCGCGGACGCUUGAAGUAUGACAGAAAGAGAACGGAACAUCAGUUUACUGUCGGAAAUUUGUAGUGUCGCUGAUUAUAAUGGGUUCUAUCUGCUUCUGUGUCUGUUGUAGACACUGUGUAGAGCGUCAUAUGUGAUCCCCCAACAUGAAGACUGUUCAAAAAGAUACCAAGUAACCCAGAUAGCACGUCUUAAAGAUGUCUGCUAAAGAGCGCUUAAUCUGGAAAAAAUCUGUUGUGUACAAACAUCUCAUCUCUCCAAUCUCCAAUAACAUCUCUCAACUUAAAAAAAAGCAGUUUUACAUACAUUCUAAAUCAUAAACAUCUUUAAGACAUUUUCUAAAUGUCUUUUUAACAUAUGACAGGAAAGGUCUUGCAGAUGAGCAAACAUGUGCAACAAAAAUGACAACAAAUUGCAGAUGUAAAUGUAGACAUCAAAUAGACGUGUCCGUGAUGUACGUGUGCUAUUAUGUAAGGAGGCAUCGUAUGUGCCCUUCACGAACAGUUAACAAGCUCGCUGAAAAAUUUAAGAAAUCUGUCCAUCCGUUCUCCAAAGCAUUCAACUUACGUAGGGGUCGCAGGGAUGCCAGAGCCUUUCCCAGCAUCUCAGGUCAGAUAGGCAGGGAAACAUAAACACCCUAAAUGUCAGAUAUAAAUUAGCCAAUUCUUGCUGAGGGAAAUAUGCAGAAGAAAAAUACAGUAGAGGGGGACUUUUAUCCAUUGGGAGUUGAUUUGAUUGUGGAGGGGUUGAAAAUGAAAGCGGAACAGGAAAGUUAUUACAUUUAGUAACUGUAAUCAUUGCUAAAAUGUGUGUAUAGAAAUAGUUGAAAAGGGAUUGUUUUACUCAAUAUUUGUUUGUGGUAUGUAUGUUUGUUGGGGGUUUUUUUCUAUUGAAUUUGACUGAGUACAGUGUUUGCCUCCCAUGUAGAAUGUCACAGAUCAGUUCAAGGAUCCGUUUCAGAUAGAAUGCUGCCUACUGUAUGUCUGAUAGCAGAUAGCAAGGAAUUCCCUCACUAGGGUUUGGAACAGAGCUAUAAUAUUUAAAAAGUAAAUUGAUUGUCAACCCUGUCUUGCUCAUGUUCUGGAUCUGAUAGACAGAUGAUCUGGAUUCAGAGCAGAACUACGUACAGGUGUUUGAAAUAAGCUUCAUGAGAUUUCUCUGUGAGAUGAUAUGGGUAAGUGAAAUGCACUAAUGAAAUGGACUUAUUUUGAUAUGCUCUUCCCUACUGUUUUCUCAGGAUAAAUGUUCAGUGUAAUAUAAAAAAGUUCCAGAAUUACUUCAACUUAUAGCCCUGAUGUGUGUCACAGCUGUGAAUCUGAAUGGAUAAGUGAGGGGAAAUGGAAUAAACUCCCUUGCAUGGCAAAGCGUUAAAGACCCCGAGAACUUUCAGGUCAUUGCAGUUGAUUUACAGUGAUAGUUUAUCCGCAAAUGAACCCUCUAUCAUACAUCCACCCUCCUGUUGUUCCAAACCACUUUGUUUUUUUCCAGCAAGCUCCAAAAAGGAAACAAGCACUAGAAGUUAUAAUAGCAGUUUGUAUGAAUUGUGCCUCAAUAUUCCAAGUCAUCUGAGGCUAUACAAUGAAAUUUAAGUCAUUUAUUCUCUGCACUCCCCACAAAAAAAAGUCAAGUCCCCUUAUUUCUAUUGCGCUUUAUACAGUACAGAUUAUUUCAAAGCAGCUUUAAAGGGAUAAACAGGAAAAUAAUGAUCAAUGAUGCAAACAGAAUUCAAUUCUUAUGCAAAUCAUUUCUAAAAAACAAUAGAAUUAUUAUUUAGCUAAAAUUCAGUUCAGUGUUAAUUCAGUUGAGUUUAAUAACUGCAAAGGUCAUCAAUAUGACCAGUUCAGCUAUAAAGCAGGUCUGGGGGAAACAGUGAUGUCAACAUCAGUGCAGUCAAAUCAAUAAUGUUUAUGAAUAUGAAGUAAAUAAGCAAUCAUGUAAUAAGCAUGAAUAAUGUACAGACAGCAAAACAAAGGAUUCAAUGUGAUUAAAAAAAAAAAAAAAAAAAACCUGGGGUCAGUUUCAUAAACUAGUCUUACAAGUUACAAGAAACUGCUUGCCUUUGAUCUUGAUCACCCUGGUGGGGCUUAUUUUGCAGUCAUGACCGGCAACACAAGGGCAAGUAAUAAUGACAGCUUUCAUUUAUGGAUUAACUAUUUCUUUAAGAUGAAAAUGAAGAGAUUGUAACUGAUUCACUGUGACAUUAAUGCACUGCCCUCUUGCCUCAACUCAGCUCCGCCUCACAUCACAGAUUCAAGGCCACAACAAUCAGUAUUUCAGUAUUCCUACAGCACAUGUUUUCUCCGUAUAGGGCAUAUUCUUUCAGCAGUUUGAUGACUGUUGUUAGAGUUCAUUGCUCACAUAAUGCACUCACCACAUUCACUCUGAAAAGCAGCUUUUUGGAGUUUUUCUCUGAGGUUUUCUGCACACUAUUUUCACACAGCACUUCUCUGUGGUGUUUAAUGUAGUUCUUGGAAAAGUGCCACACUGUACCCUUAUGUGCACAAAGUAUUGAUUUUUUUUUUUUUUUUUUUUUUUUUUUUUUUUGACAGAUGAUGUUUGUGGUAGUUUGUAUUUUAGCACUAUUGUAAAAUUACUGCUAAGGAGAAAGAUAUUUCAGUGAGAUACAGUCACUACUGCGAAGGUAAAUGUUCUGUAAGUGUGUUUAUUAGCUCUGUUCCAAACUCUAGUAUCCUAAUGUAUCAUAGGCACAUCCCUGACUCUGUAUCAAGAGGUAGGCAGCAGCAUUAUGCCUUCAGAUGCAACCUUGGCCAAAUUGUAUAGUAGUAUUGCAUACAGUAUAUCCAGUCCCAGAAUGUAUUUUGACAAGCUCAGUCAAAAAUGAAUCAAAGAUGAUGGACAUACUUCAUACUUAAAGCAUACUUUUGUUUCACUCAGUAUCGAAAAGUGUAGAUAAACAUACGGAUGCUUAGUAACAUUCACACAAAACACAUUUUUUCAUUAUACAGCGCUACUUUUCCAUUGUUUUUCUAUGUAAAAUGCGUGCUAGACGGAUGUUUGACCGUUGCGCUUGCGUCUUUUGUGGUGUCUCAAGCAUGACAUGGCUUCCUAAAAACGCAGUACCCGAGUUUAAAGAAGUUCUGAACUUCUAACACCGUGUCUACACUAGACAUGAGUGACGCAACAAAAGCAGAACCCGUUAUAAUCAGUGAUGCUAUCUACACUGGAUGUGGCACGAUGCAAUACGACAAAUCCCAGACAAAAAAAAAUACUGAUGCCUCAUUCUAUUUCUGAUGUACUUAACGAGCUCAUGCUACUUCUGACACAAGAACAAAUGGAUUUGCAACUGUUGUUUUGUCACAUCCAGUGUACACAGCCUCAAGCUGUUGUGGCCCCAGUCUAAACAUGGUGUAACUGUCAGGGAUUUGUAGUAUCGCAUCAUGUCCAGGGUAAACAGCAUUACUGAUUGGGUUCUAUUGUGUUUUGAAGCAUCCAGUGUAGAAACGGCGUAAGGGGUCAGUCGCACAGAAUGCUUUAUGCUUUGAAAAACGCAAUACACAGGCAGUGGAAUUUAUUUUUUUUUAAACAUCUUUUAACUUGAGUAUCGUGUUGUUGUUUUUUAGAAUGACUUGUCAGAUGCGAGCGCAAUGCCAAACUCGUCCGUCUAGUGCGCGUUUACAUAGAAGAACAGUGGAAAAGGCCCUAAUGUCAAAAUCAGUUGUAUAGAGAGUCUUGUGCACUUACUGUGAGAAGCACUAUUUGUGUCAAACAAGUAGCAUAAAAGGCUCCAUUACAUACUAUAUAAGCAGGUGACAUGGAAGCUCACUAAGUUUUGGGACAGAGCUAUUCAUAUUGCUACUAUAUUACUGUCUUGUGACUAUAUUAAUUUAACGUUAGGCUAUGCAACUGGUCCUGCCAUUGUUAUAAUGUGUCUUGGUUCAUCAAUGAAUCCUAUUGAAAAGCAACAUUUUUUUCAGUCAGCACAUUAAUGGCGAUGUUAUCAAGCUUUAGGCUAAUAGUUCGUCACAUUCUUUGUUUGGUAAGCAAGUGACUGUACAGGUUUUUAUAUUUGACACUAGAUUUGUGAGUCAUCAAAUAAAGCUAUGAAAUGUGAGUUUAUGAUUGGUGAACAUUGAUAGAAUAUGUUUUGGUUAUUUUAUCAAUGGGUUGUAAUAAGAUAUUACAGUACUUUGUAUGAAACACAGUAACACAUUGGGUGAAUUGUAACUAUUUAUUAAUUAAAUUGUUGUACUUUUUUGCAUUCUAUAGAUACAACACUGUAUUCCUAUUUAAUGACUGUGGAUUUGAACCAUGCAGUUAACCAUUUCUCAGAUGUGGCUAAUUUAUUGAUGUACUGUUGUAUAUAAUGUAUGUUUGUUGAAUUACAGCUUCUUUUAUUUUGUAUAUGACCAAUAAAAAUGUUUUGAGAAAGA